AGAGUUCAAAGCAGAGACUCGGCACAAAGACAGCCGCGCUCGGGACUUAAUCUGAGACUUUUCUCUUUGGAAAUUUACUGAUCGACCAUUUACAGAACUGAUGAUAAAUAACAAACUGACUUACAGUGAGUCAACCAGGAUAAAGUUCGUGUCUUAAACUUGGGAAAGAUGACUUUUUGCAAGACCUGGUUCGGUGCGCUCCUGCUGCCCCUGCUGAUCUCAGCGCAGUAUCACGGGGACAACGGAAUAGUCGUGCCGGAGCAUGGAUUCUGUCAGCAGAUUACAAUCCCUCUGUGCACGGACAUCGCAUACAACCAAACCAUCAUGCCGAAUCUAGUGGGCCACUACAACCAGGAGGAUGCGGGACUGGAGGUGCACCAGUUUUACCCGCUGGUGAAGGUACAGUGCUCCCCGGAGCUGAAGUUUUUCCUGUGCUCCAUGUACGCGCCUGUGUGCACCGUUUUGGAGAAAGCCAUUCCUCCGUGCAGGUCGAUCUGCGAGAGAGCCAAACAGGGCUGCGAGGCUCUCAUGAACAAGUUCGGCUUCCAGUGGCCGGACCGGCUGCGCUGUGAGAACUUCCCCGUGCUGGGAGACGGGCAGAUCUGCGUGGGUCAGAACGACUCCUCCGCUGCCCCCACUGUCCCACCCGUGUUGUCCGUGCCGGACUCGCACGACAACACAGAGGUUUCCACACAUGACAGGCCAUCCCGGUGCCCCAACGUUCUGAGGGUGCCACCAUAUUUGAAUUAUAAGUUUCUAGAUGUGAAGGACUGUGGAGCUCCAUGUGAGCCAUCCAGGAACAGCGGGCACAUGUUUUUCACUGACAAAGAGAUUCAGUUCUCUCGCAUAUGGAUUUUGAUUUGGUCUGUUCUUUGUUGUGCAUCCACCUUAUUCACAGUAACCACCUAUUUGGUCGACAUGCAACGCUUCAGAUACCCUGAGCGGCCUAUCAUCUUUCUGUCAGGCUGCUACACCAUGGUUUCCAUAGCCUACAUCGCUGGCUACUUCCUUGGGGACAAGGUGGUGUGCAAUGAGAGCUUUUUCCCUGAUAGCUUUAAAACCGUGGUGCAGGGCACCAAAAAGGAAGGUUGCACCAUCCUCUUCAUGAUGCUCUACUUCUUCAGCAUGGCCAGCUCCAUCUGGUGGGUCAUCCUGUCCCUCACCUGGUUCCUGGCUGCAGGUAUGAAGUGGGGCCACGAGGCCAUCGAGGCCCACUCUCAGUACUUCCACCUCGCAGCCUGGGCAGUGCCCGCCAUCAAAACCAUCAGCAUCCUGGCCAUCGGGCAGAUCGAAGGUGACAUGCUCAGUGGCGUCUGCUUUGUCAGCCUCAGCAACCUGGACCCUAUGCGGGGCUUCGUUCUGGCCCCUCUCUUCAUUUACCUCUUCAUCGGGACCUCCUUCUUGCUGGCCGGCUUUGUGUCGCUGUUCAGAAUCCGCACCAUCAUGAAACAUGACGGCACCAAGACGGAGAAGCUGGAGAGGCUGAUGGUGCGGAUUGGGGUCUUCAGCGUGCUCUACACGGUCCCUGCCACCAUUGUCAUCGCCUGCUUCUUCUAUGAGCAGGCCUUCCGCGCUCACUGGGAACGCAGUUGGCUCAGCCAGAACUGCAGGGGCCUCGCCAUCACGUGCCCCUCGCAGAGCGGGCCCCGCAUGACCCCGGACUUCACCGUCUACAUGAUCAAGUACCUGAUGACACUCAUUGUGGGCAUCACAUCUGGUUUCUGGAUCUGGUCUGGAAAGACGCUGCACUCCUGGCAUAAGUUCUACACAAGGCUGACAAACGGCAAACAGGGAGAGACCACUGUGUAGACAAAAAACAAAAACUGGGACUAAUAUGUGUAUUAUUACCUGUUUCUCGUGUGUGAUGGUAAGUAGCACACACGGUAGCCUAUGUUUCUUAUUUUCCUCAAGCUUAUUAGCCACUCAUUCAUGUCAAACCAAGGAUUAGGGGGGGUUUGACAAAAGGACAAGCUGGAUAAACAAGUACUGAACCUAACUGUCUGAACAAAUAACAAGCAUGGCCAAGGAUGCCAUGUGCUGAAAUGCUCACCUCCCCCUCCCUUGGCUCUUUUCUUAAAUCCUCUAUAAAGUGAAAAGGGGAGUUAUGAUCCACCAGCCAAAAACACACAAAGAAGGGAAAUGAGCUGUGGAGGAAUGACCCUUUCCCUCGAACAUUUUCACGUGUAAUUAAAACCCUAACUGUAAAUAGUAUUUGUAAAAACUAAAAAAAAGUUAUAUAUUUGUAUUUAAAGAAAGUAAAUACUUGUUCCUUAUCUGCCAGUGUACCUGCUUUACGUUUGCACUGUAAAAAUGCCACAUACCAAAGACCUUGUUGUUUUUUUAAUGUUGUUAUUAUAAUCACUGGUCAUAAAUCAUCUUCUUUUUUUGUACGGAUUAAAAGAAUGUCUACAUUUCA